UAGUCAGUGUGCCAAUCAAAAGUCGCGUCCUUUCUCUUUUUUAUUUUUAUUUUUUUAUUUUGAUGUCUAAUACACCUACUAUUACUUCACCUCGUCAAGGCAUAGCAACACCACCCAAGACACAAGAUGAUCAACUACCUCAUUUAUUAUCCCUUAAAGUCAUGCGACUCUCUCGUCCUCAAUUAACAGCCACUUUACCUAUCUAUUAUGAAUCAACCACAUCAUCGCCUCUUCUCGAAGGACUCGAUUCACUCAACAUAUCAGACUUGACAGCCUCUCUUCCUAUCCAUGGGAAAAGUACAGACUUACAGAUCCGAGAUUUUGGUCUAAGUCAGAUGCUCAAGUUACCUUCUGCAUUUGGUAACAUCUAUUUAGGCGAGAACUUUAGUACGUUAGUCAGCAUCAAGAUUGAAUUACAGACAUCCUCUCAACGGUUUGUUUUAUCAGAUACAGCAUCACAGACCACCUUAGAGACACAGGUUACCUUGGAUACCACUGUAUCACAUGAAAUCAAAGAACUCGGUGUCCAUAUCUUGGUCUGUUCAGUCCAAUACACAACUCAAGAUGGUAAAAAACGUCAUUUUCGUAAAUUCUACAAGUUUCAAGUGUCUAAUCCACUGGCUGUCAAGACAAAACUCAAUAAUCUCAUGGAUGGCCGUGUCUUUCUUGAAGCACAGAUUCAGAAUGUGUCUGCAGGCCCUAUGUUUCUUGAACGCAUGAAAUUUGAGCCCUCAGAGUACUUUGUGUUUGAAGAUCUCAAUCGUGUGGUGGGUCAAGACAAGACUGUCUUUGGGGAUCAUUUUAUUCACCCUCAAGAUGUACGUCAAUAUCUCUAUAUGUUAUCACCCAAUACAGACCAUGACCGUAUUUCUCGUACGACCAAUGCCUUAGGUAAACUGGAUAUUGUAUGGCGAUCCUAUAUGGGUGAUCUAGGUCGUUUACAGACAUCUCAAUUGACCAGAAAGGCACCUAUGCUAGAAGAUAUUGAAGUGGGGCCUUGUUCAGAUCAGGAAGAUGUGUCUGUUGUGCUAGAGACACCUUUUAGACUAGGCAUUCGUGUCAAGAACCAUUCGAAUGAGAACAUGAAACUUGUGCUAAGUGCUAUCAAGACUAAAAUGGGCUCUGUCCUCUUGAGUGGUCUCAGCAGUCGACCCUUGGGUGAAUUACAACCCGGUCAAUCGACUCAGACACACGUUGAAUUCUUCCCUUUAACACCUGGCUUACAGCGCGUAGGUGGGUUACGCGUGAUGGAUUUGUUAUCGGGCUAUACAAAAGAAAUCGAUCAUUUGUGUGAUAUUUUUGUCAUGUCGCAUGCCUCUGAUACCUUUUUAUAAAUCUUGACUUGUUAAGUUUCUAAGCAUGACAUACAAUGACGAAAUAAAAGAAAGUAUAUAAAUAACAUAUGAA